GCGCGGCGGAGCGGAGCGGAGCGGCAGUGGCAGUGCCGGCGCCGGCGGGGCUAUGGCUGCGGAGGAGGUGCUGCAGGGCGCGGACCAUUACAAGAGCGAGAUCGAGCGGCUGACCCGGGAGCUCUCCGAGACGACCCACGAGAAGAUCCAGGCGGCGGAGUAUGGGCUGGUGGUGCUGGAGGAAAAGCUCACCCUCAAGCAGCAGUAUGAUGAGCUGGAGGCGGAGUAUGACGGCCUCAAGCAGGAGCUGGAGCAGCUGAAGGAGGCAUUUGGACAGUCUUUCUCAAUUCACCGCAAAGUGGCUGAAGAUGGUGAGACCCGUGAAGAAACUCUUCUCCAGGAGUCUGCAUCGAAAGAAGCUUAUUACCUUGGGAAGAUUUUGGAAAUGCAGAACGAGCUGAAGCAGAGCAGGGCAGUGGUCACCAAUGUUCAAGCAGAGAAUGAGAGACUUACUGCUGUUGUCCAAGACCUGAAAGAGAAUAACGAAAUGGUGGAACUACAGAGGAUACGAAUGAAAGAUGAAAUUCGAGAGUACAAGUUUCGAGAGGCGAGACUCCUACAGGACUACACUGAACUUGAAGAGGAGAACAUCACUUUGCAGAAACUGGUGUCCACACUGAAACAGAAUCAAGUUGAAUAUGAAGGCUUAAAGCAUGAGAUUAAACGAUUUGAGGAGGAGACAGUGUUGCUUAAUAGUCAGCUAGAAGAUGCCAUCCGACUGAAGGAGAUUGCUGAGCAUCAGCUGGAGGAAGCCCUGGAAACUUUAAAAAAUGAAAGGGAGCAAAAGAACAAUUUGAGGAAGGAACUCUCCCAGUAUAUCAACCUCAAUGAUAGUAUGUAUAAUAACCAUAUUAAUAUAUCAGUAGAUGGAUUGAAGUUUGCAGAGGAUGGGGGCGAGCCUAACAAUGAUGACAAAAUGAACGGACAUAUCCAUGGUCCUCUUGUGAAACUCAACGGUGACUACCGAACUCCCACGGGUAGGAAAGGAGAAUCUCUGCACCCUGUCUCUGACCUCUUCAGUGAACUCAACAUAUCAGAAAUACAGAAACUGAAGCAACAACUCAUGCAGGUGGAGAGAGAGAAGGCCAUUCUCCUGGCCAAUCUACAGGAGUCUCAGACGCAGCUGGAGCACACCAAGGGAGCCCUGACUGAGCAACAUGAGCGAGUCCACAGGCUCACAGAGCAUGUCAACGCCAUGAGGGGGCUGCAGAGCAACAAAGAGCUGAAAGCUGAGCUUGACGGCGAGAAGGGCCGAGACCCGGGUGAGGAAGCACAUGACUAUGAAGUGGAUAUCAAUGGCUUGGAGAUCCUAGAAUGCAAAUACAAAGUAGCUGUUACUGAGGUGAUAGACCUUAAAGCAGAAAUCAAAGCCUUAAAGGAGAAGUAUAAUAAGUAUGUGGAAAACUACACUGAAGAGAAGGCCAAGUAUGAGAGCAGAAUCCAGACGUAUGACGAGCAGGUGACAAACCUGGAGAAGUCGACCAAGGAAAGCCAGGAAAAAAUGGUCCACAUGGAAAAGGAAUUACAAAGAAUGACAAGCAUAGCAAAUGAAAACCAUAAUACCCUCAACACCGCCCAGGAUGAGCUGGUGACGUUUAGCGAGGAGCUGGCUCAGCUAUACCAUCACGUCUGCCUGUGCAACAAUGAGACACCAAACAGGGUCAUGUUGGACUAUUAUAGGCAAAGCAGAGUCACCCGCAGCGGGAGCCUGAAAGGACCAGAUGACCCUCGCGGUCUUCUUUCCCCGCGCCUUGCUAGGAGGGGGGUGGCGUCACCCGUAGAAGCCAGAACCCCAACUGAGCAGGUGACAAAAGAGGCCACGGAGCCCGGCAAGGAACAGAGCCCAACCAAAACACCUACCAUUUCUCCUGUCAUCACAGCCCCUCCUUCCUCCCCCGUCUCUGAUACCAGUGACAUCCGCAAAGAGCCGAUGAACAUCUACAACCUCAAUGCCAUCAUAAGGGACCAAAUCAAGCACUUGCAGAAGGCUGUCGAUCGGUCGCUGCAGCUGUCCCGCCAGCGUGCUGCAGCUCGGGAGCUGGCGCCCAUGAUCGAUAAAGACAAGGAGGCCUUAAUGGAAGAGAUACUGAAGCUGAAAUCACUUUUGAGUACAAAGCGGGAGCAGAUUGCAACUCUGAGGGCAGUGCUGAAAGCCAACAAGCAGACAGCUGAAGUGGCACUAGCUAAUUUGAAGAAUAAAUAUGAAAAUGAAAAAGCAAUGGUGACUGAAACCAUGACAAAAUUACGGAAUGAAUUAAAGGCUUUGAAAGAAGACGCAGCAACCUUCUCAUCCUUGAGAGCAAUGUUUGCAACCAGGUGUGAUGAGUAUGUCACGCAGCUGGAUGAGAUGCAGAGGCAGCUAGCAGCUGCAGAGGAUGAGAAGAAGACCCUAAACUCUCUGUUGCGCAUGGCUAUCCAGCAAAAACUUGCCCUUACCCAGCGACUGGAGGAUUUAGAGUUCGACCAUGAGCAGUCCCGACGCAGCAAAGGCAAGCUGGGAAAGAGCAAGAUCGGCAGCCCUAAAGUAAGUGAGGAGGCAUCAGCCACCGUGCCAAGCAUAGACACUUUCCUCCUGCAUAGUCAGGGCCCACAGCAACCAAACUUACUGGUCAGCAGUGGCACUCAGAGGAAAAGACUAUUCUCACCUUCCCUUUGUGAUCAGAGCCAUCCCAGGACUUCAGGGACCUAUCUCCAGAAAUUAUUAAGAGCUCCCCCUCAUCCCACCUCCACAGAAUCAUAUCUUCUGAGGGGCCCCCCUUCCAUGAGUGAAUUCAUCCAUGGGCACCGUCUCAGCAAGGAAAAAAGGUUAACCGUGGCCAUACCAGUCCUAAUGCUCUUCCAGAAGAGCAGCCACAUUCCAGCUCUCAGUGUGCCCCUCUCAACUGUCUCUCUAAGCCUCCUCCUCACCCCUAAUCUUCAUAUGCAACGUAAGAGAAAAUGCAAACAGAAUGGAGUUCAUGCAACAAAGGUUGGGGUUGUUCCCAGUAAGCGGGUAGACAAUUCUGCUUUGUUGCUGCAUUGACAAGUCUGGAUUCAUAUCCCCUGCUCUGGUGACUGAGGGAAGGUUGAGAAGAAGAACACAAAGCACAGAGCCCAACCUAUCAAGAAGACUUUUUAUGGUUCCUCUGAUUGUAAUCAAACUUUGCUAUCACAACUAAAGUGUAGUGAAAUUUAACAUCUCGACAGAAAUGUUCCUCCCAGCUGCUUGGCUUUACCUCUGAAAUAAUGAGAGACUUAAGCCAAUAUUAACAAAAAAAAAAGUAUGUUAACAAAAAUUUUACCCUCACAUCCUCCAGGUUCGGCCAUAGGAGCCAGUUCAAAUUUCCUUUUGUCAUCAAGGGUGUUGAUAUUUAUUUCUUUCUUUUUAACAGAGUUUUGUGUUUAUAAAAUACAACCUCUUCUCUUUCUUUUUUUUUUUUUUUUAAGAUUGUAUUUAAUUCAGUUUAUUUUGUAAGACCAAGGAGAAAUAGCUUAAGUGAAGAAUGACUGUGUUAAUAUUAAAAAGAGGCGUGUUGCAUUGGCCUGCAUAUGGCCAAUUUUUAUUGCACAAAAAUGUUGGAAAUGGAUUGAAUUGGAAUGUUAACAAGAACUGUAUAUUUUGCUGCUGCACUGAUAUUUUUUAUGCAGUUGGGUUGUUUUUAAUUCCUAUUACUAGCUUCUGGUUUUGUUCUAGCUCUUCACUGAGAGAUAAUUAUUGAGCCUAAGAAGGAGAUGAAAGGAUGAUGUAUUGAUUUGUUUUCAGAUGUUUGCUUGCAUUGUAUUUACAUUCUUGCAUUUCAGACAAGCAGAUGAAUUGGUGCUGUUUUAUUGGGGUUACUUUCUAUUUGGUAUCUGAGAAAGAAAAUCUAAACCAAGUAGACUGCUGUGUGCUAAUUAAAAACAUUCUUUCCUCCCACUCUCAUAUUCAGGAUACUAGCUCAAGGCCUUACCGUGAAGGCUGGUAUGAAUGGUGAAGUCGUAUGCAUUUCUUGUGAAGUAUUCUGUGGUGAAAGAACUCACGCAAGUAAGGGUUAAUGGUGUGGAUCAAAGUUAGUAGGACUACUGUAGUGCAUUUUUUCCUUGCCAAAAAUCAACAGACACAGAACCUUAGCUCAUGUCAGUUUAUGACAAAUACUCAGGUGAUCUACACUACGCAGACUCUAUCGCAACAGUGCACAGUUGCUAGUUAAAGAUUCUUUCCUGUAAAAGCUAGGUCAGUCUAGGUUUCUUUCUUAAAAAGUAGUGAGUUUCAGAACAAAAUCGAGAAUAGAGGAAUUUAUUUUGCACAGUACCUGACAGCAAGGCAAGUGGCUAAGUAGGUGGUCAAGGCUUAGCACCUAUGGGCUUCCUGGCUGGUCAUCAGCUAGCAAAAAAGUCUGCAGUACUGCCUACCUGCCUACUUGUUGGUAACUAGCAGACUCCUUGCUUUGUCAGGUGGCCUUAAUUUAUUUAUGAAAGAAAGGCUUAGAUAUUUCCACAUGUCUUUUUCCUUCUCAGCAGCAUAUCUAAGACCUACAAGUGGGAAUCACAGUACAGUCUAAGGUACAGAGCAGCCAGGGGUUAAAAAAAAAAGGUUGCUGUAGGUGCGGUUGGAAUAAUUCUUUCCUAUUCUGCCUGAAUCUGAGAAAAUGAAGCUGUCUUCAGUUAGUAACAGUACUUACCAAAUGCUACGAUACAACAAAACAUCAGCAGAGGAAAGAAUCGGUGACCACUCAGUGUGCCUAACAAAUCAUUAUUACCAUAGUACCAGUAAUGAAGGUGCUGUAAAUAGAAAUACUCUAUGUCAUCAACAACGUAUGUCGUGUAACCUUGGCAAAGCAGCUGAGCUACUGUAACAAAACAUUCAGAGUCAGAGGUGAGGGAAAACAGGAACAAACUAACAUCCAGUUCUGAUCAGAUCAAACAGACAACAUGGCAAUGUUUCGACUUCGGUUUCCAUGUGGUUUGCAUGGUUCUUCUUGUAAACAUUGAUAUUGCUAUUCAGUACCGUACUUAACCUAUGUGUUGUCUUGCCAUAGAAAAGUCAAGUGGAACCUUGUUCAGCUCUCUCAUUAUGUCUGACACUAGGAUUAGAUGCUGUUUUGAUUUUUAUUUUUAGUAAAAUAACAAUUUGUCUGAGGCAAACGCUGCCUUGAAAAAGCGUCUCAGAAUUCCUGACCUUGUCAGACUGGUGUAUGAGUAUCUUAGAGAGGCCACAUCCGUGUCCAACAAAGAUAGCUGCUGUAUACAUUUAAAAAGUAAAAGAAUUUGCAUUGCACUUUGAAUACAACUACUGCAGGCUACACUUGGAAUAGUUUUUCCUAUUUUCAUAUCCAAAUAAAAUGCAUUUUCCCACAAUUUAAGUUAAACAGAAAUUCAGAGAAAUUUCUUUUCUAUACAGAUAGGAAUUUAUUGGGAAAAAAUGUUGUAUCAGAACACUUGUUUAGAAAUGUGUUUGUUUGCAGUUGUGAUUUGCAGAGCAACUUUGGGAAUCUGAAACAUUGUACUGGUAUGUCCACAUGGAUUAAGUGUUAUGAAACAGCAUCCAAGGGUAUAGAAAUUGUGGCUCCAUUUUAUAGAAAUAAAUGGGUUUAUUAAAUUUUUUAUUCUCUUAAGCUUUAAAUUCUUAAUUUCUAAGUUUUCAAUUUACAUUUUUUAAUAUGUAAUAAAACAUAAGUGUUGGAAAUGUAAGACAACUAGAAACAAACCAACUUAAAUGUACAAAUGGCUGUAGUUAUUGCAUUGUAAGUUACAAAACUGUGUAGGUCCUUGGGACAACUUUUGUCAGUUAACCAGUACAAAAUAAAAUAUAUAUCUUGAACAUGAGAUGAUAAACUCUCCUUUAUUAUAUAGAGUCUAGAAAGAUACAUGUUUGUGAGAGAUUUUGUAGGAAAUAUUUACAUGCAGACAAAACCAGAAACAAAAGUCUGUUUUUUUAACAGUCCAAAAAUAUUAUGUUUUGCCCAUUUAAAAUUCAUUUCUGUAUUGAUAUAUAUUCUGAUUUUUAAAAUAAUAGAUUAAAAAGUGAUACAUACAUUUUAUAAUGGUUGAGUAUACUCAGAAAGGCUGAAAUGCAUCUUACAUAGGAAAUUUCACUCUGAGUUUCAUAUCUGAAAUGCAGCUUUUCUUCCCUUUGAUGACCUUGAAUUUUUUUUUGAUUUGGAAUAGCCUGUUCAGUUCUAGCACAUUUUGGUUUGGGUUUUAUUUUCCGAUGUAGUGAAAAAAAUAUUCCUUGUUCAGUUGAUAAGAUCCAUUUCUGGAAAUGCAGUUUAUAGGAAAUAUGUGAAAAAAUAGAAAAGAAAAAAAAAAUUGAAUAUACGGGGAGAAAAAUAUGAAUAAAUACAUUGCACAAUGUAAUAGUAUCAAAAAUAUAUUUUCUAUCAGUCAGAAGGCAAAUGGAGGUUUUACAGAAGAAAUAGUACAAUUUUUCAUGCUAAUGGCAUAGAAGUUUCUGUCUUCUAGAUGGAGGCAAUAGUGAUAUUCUCUCUGAUUGAUCCAAUUGAGAGGUUGGCAUCUCUGAGCUUUCUCCAUCCACAUUUUUCACAGUAGCUUGAUGUAACCAUAACUAUACAGUAGAGGUCAUAGAAUUAAACUGUAAUUAAAGUAAUGCUGCAAGUUUUAAUGCCAAGAUGACUUUUAUUUUUUAUUUAAAAGAAUUGUGAACUUGUUUAAACCAUUUGCCAUGUUUAAGAAAGGAGAUUUUGUUAAGAAAUACAACCUUACUUGUGAAAUGUGACCUCACCUAUGAAAGCUGCCCAUAAUUAUGUUGCAAAUGUGUUAAGUAAGCUGUUAGGAAAAAAUAACCCAGUCUUCACCAUACUGGGAACAGCAUCCAUGACUCUAGGCCCUUAUUUUGAUACCAACCUUAUUGUUCAGCAUGAAAUGCCAAGAUCAGUAGUUGUGCUUCCAAUUCCACUAUAGCUGCAUUAAUCAUCAUCAUAACGCAUAGAUUUUAUCAGCCCUUCUGAGGUCUGUUCCUUUAUUUGGAGGAAGAUGCACAUCCACUGAGAUUGUAUUAAAUUUCUUUCUUUUGUACUUUGGAAAUCUUCAUUUGAGAACGGCAGGCACUGAUAUUUUACCUUUGAAGUAUGAGAAUUGCUAUAGUUACCUCUUUAAAAAUUCCAGUCCUCAGUUUUCUUUAGCUUUCCUCUGUGGUGUUUGCAGUGAGUCUGAAAGGGAUAUACAAUGUUCAGACUUUUUUUAACCAUUAAGAGGGUUUUUUUUAAAUAUAAUUAAGCAUCUUUUGGAAAAGAAACAAAAAAAAUUGCCUUUCACCUUCAGGCACAAACACAUCUAAAUAUACAGUAUAAAAUCAUGAGAUUCUUAACAUCAUGUAGCUUUUUCAUAUCCAUAAUUAAGCCAGGAAAUUCUUAUUUCUUGUGCAAUCUGCAUAUUCCUCCUGUUAGAAAGACGACUAUCACAGAGAGUCUGUAUCUUUCAUUUGGAGCAUGGCUUAAUUCCUUAUUGGAUUUUAAUCUGUUUCCUAUGCAGUUCUUGAAAAUCCCCUUCAUGAAAUUUAAUGGUACCAAGUGACAAACUGAUGGAAGGUAAAGACAAAAUCCUGUAUUCCAUGACUGGACGUAAUGUGAAGGCAGACUCUGGGUGAUAGAGCCUUGUGUUUAAAAAAUGCUUUUCGACAAAGCUUUGUAUUUAUUUUGAUUAGCAUUAUUUGCUGUAAAAGAAAGGGUAGAGAAGAGUGUAUGUUCUUUUCUCAGCAUUACUAAUCUGAGUUACACAGUUUUUAUUGAGUAUAUGGUUAUUGGAUUUUAAAAAUAUUUUUGAAAUUGGUAAACACAAGUGAUUGAUAAAAGUUUCUAGUAGACUGACUUGCCAGCUGAGUUGUUAUUCUGUCAGGUAAGAAGAAGAAAUAGAAGUAAUCUAGCUUUUUUUUUCCCUACUGUUCACAGAUUUGCUAUGUGUGCUAUGCCAAGUGAAUAAAUUACAUCUGUUUUUAUUAGUUAUUGCCCUAUUGAUUUUCAGCCCUGUGGUUUGACUGUUAAAGGGUUAAUUAACUUGAUCCUUUGUAAACAAUUAAAAAAAAAGAAAACUGACAUUUUGUGACUUUUGUAAUCUAUUGAAUGUUUCCAUUUGCAUGAUAUUCUGUAUCUAACAAACCAUACAGAUUGCUGUGUUCUUUUCAGAAGAGUUUUAACAUUGGUGGAGUUUGUGACAAAUUCAGAUUUGUAUACUGUAUGUUUACUGCUGUAAUAACUCAGCUACUCCUAUGUUGAAUUGACAUUAUGUUGUCCUGCCUUCUUGAGGUUAAAUGAUGGAGUGUUUCUAGGUGGUGAAGGAUAUAAAAGUAUAUAUGUUUCUUUACUAAAGACUGAAUAUUGGAAACUCUUCUUGUUGCUACUUUAUGCUAAAAGCAAAAAAAGUUGAACAAUUCAUGUUUCCAAAAAUGCAUCAUUUGUUUCUAAAAUUGAAGUAAUUCCCAUGUUAACUCUUCCUUGUCCUUGUAGACAAUCCUAGAUUAACUGCCUCGUGAGGGAUUCAUAAAGUCUGUGCUUGUAUAUGUGUAAUAUGAUCAUGCAGUCAAAUGGUUGGGAAAAAACACUCUAGUGCUGAAGAAAAUAAUUAAAAGAAGCCAAUAUACUGAUUCUUACAUCUUUCUGUUCCAAUGACAAUUACAGUGUAAUACAUAACUGUUCCAGUGAAUAAACUGGCCAUUUUUGUUCAUUUAA